UACAGGCUUGUACGAUAAUCCAUUGGUUCGGGGUCCGUAGAAAACGAAGGAAACGUGAAUAGACAGACACCUCUUCACGCACCCCGGGCUGUCUCAGCCCGUUUCCGCUCCUGAUGGCUGAUACAGUCAUGCAAGAAACGUGAAUAGACAACACCUUACUUGACCCAACUGGGCUCUCUGAGCCCGUUUUAGCUCCUCCACAAUCCACAUACACUGAUGCAAGUUUUCACCAAAUUUGAAGCCUCAGUUUGUGACAAAGACCUUCAAUUUGUGGCCCAAAGAAGAGGAUCUAAAUGGGUAGGAAGAAGCUGUUCUGGAUUGGGAGGGCACUGGGUUUUCUACUAUUGAUACCAGGAAUUCUGGGUUGGGGAAAGGAAGGCCAUUAUGCAGUUUGUAAGAUAGCGGAGGGACUUCUAACUGAGGAUGCUCUAGCUGCUGUGAAGGAAUUGCUUCCCGAGUCUGCUGGAGGUGAUCUUGCGGCUGUUUGCUCUUGGCCUGAUGAGAUUCGCCAUUACUACCACUGGCGAUGGAGUGGCCCUUUGCAUUAUCUUGACACUCCAGAUUUUUUGUGUAACUACAAAUACUGCAGAGACUGUCAUGAUUCUGCUGGACAUAAAGAUAUGUGUGUAACUGGAGCAAUUUACAACUAUACAAUGCAACUCGCAUCGGCUUAUCAAAAGACCAACUUAAGAUUACAAUACAACUUAACGGAGGCACUUAUGUUCUUAUCACAUUUCAUUGGAGAUGUCCAUCAGCCUCUACAUGUUGGUUUCACUGGAGAUGAAGGUGGGAACACGAUAGUGGUCCGAUGGUACCGUCGGAAGUCAAAUCUCCACCACGUAUGGGAUGACAUGAUCAUUGAUUCUGCGCUGAAGACAUUCUAUGGUUCAGAUCUCGAAAUCAUGAUAAAAGCCAUUCAGAGGAACAUUACAGAUGGUUGGUCAAAUGAUAUAGCAUUAUGGGAAAACUGCGCAAACAAUGACACAGUUUGUCCAAAUCCGUAUGCUUCUGAAAGCAUUAGUCUGGCGUGCAAGUUUGCAUAUAGGAAUGCAACACCAGGAAGCACUCUGGGAGAUGAUUAUUUUCUUUCGCGGCUACCGAUCGUGGAGAAGAGGCUAGCCCAAGGUGGGGUCAGACUAGCCGCAACGCUCAACCGUGUUUUCACUUCUCGAAGGGAUAUUGCUCAAGCAAGAUAAGGUCAAAUAGAGAUGUGUCUUCACUUUGCAUAGGACGGGGACCACUCAACUACAGAAUAUGGCUUGAAGUUCCCUAUACGCAAGACCUCAUCAAGCUAAUAAAUUAUCUUUCCACCUUCUCUCAACUCUUUUUUAAGACAAGGUUCCCAAAAAUUCUACUUUAUAGUUGCUUGCUGACUUCGUGCUUAAUAUUGGGCUGAUGCCUUCUAUAUACCAGAAUAUCCCCAGUUUGCUAGUUUGCUUGUAGUAAAGGUCAACCAUUGGGAUAACCACAAUAGUUAGAAAUAAAAACUUGUACUCAAUGAAUACCUCCAGAAAGUUUUUAUAUAUAUAUGCAAGACGUUCAGUUGGGGUUUAAA